AUGCCAAAUAUUCAAAAUCAAGAACCGGUUAUUGAACGGCGUAUUCAGCAAUCUCCAGAAUCACCCGGACAUCCGGUAAUUUUCCAAUUGCCCAAGCAUCCAUUGUUCCCUUCCGGAUCUCUUGUCCAAGGUAACCUGCAACUGCCAACGUCCACUGCUACAAUGUCUUCCAAUGCUACUACUCCUGCUGCUGCUGCUGCCACUGCCAACCAGGCGCUGAUUGCUCUUCUUGACAGGCUGAAUGAGCUUCUUGAACAGACAGUCGCCACCUAUAUCCCCCUUCGCCUGCUGUCAAUGGCAGCUGAGAUCCAUUGUGCUCAGAUGGGUACCGUGCGCUUGGUGCAAGUACCGGAUUGGAAUCGUGUUGGGAGCAAUGAGGACAUUUGCCAGGGGCAUCCCUUGUACCCCAUGACAUUGGGUCCAGCACCUAAUGUUACCACCCCUACUGCUGGCGCCACAUCUGUAUCUGUACCUCAACCGGCACCGGUACCGGCACCUGCACCACCUCUAUUGCUGCCUUCAAUCGCUACUUUACUGGCUCCCAAUACGACAAUCGGCAUCCCUGGAGGUACCAACUCCGGUGCAGUUCCGGGGCCAUCAAAACCUCGCAAAAGGCAAUUUAGUGUGAGCCCUCCCCGUCCGGUCAAGAAGGCCUGGAAGGCUGCCCCGAAGUCGAGGCGGAUCUUAACUGACACCGAUACUGACACAGAUGGAAUUCGCAUUGGGAAUCGUAAGGUGAAGGGCAAAGGAAAUGAAAAGGGCAAGGGCAAGGACAAGGGAAAGGGAAAGGCGAAGGCAAGGGCACCGUCACCGGAUAGUGAUGAGCAAAUGACAAUGGAAGUCGAUGAUGAUCCGGAAGUUGAUGCCCGGAAUUCAACACGCAACAUGAUGAAAAAGAAAUUACCGGCCGUGGUCAUUACUACAUGGCCGAUACAACCUGCCAAAGAGAAGAAUGUGACUGAUUCGGAAUACCAACCGGAGGACGAUGACGAAGAUCAACUCGAACCCCGUGAUGACUCUCAAUACAAGCGAAAGCCAAAUGUCAAGCCGACCAAAGGAGAAGAACCUUCCAAGUCCAGGUAUGCUACAAGAACCAACCAGCCCAAGGUGAAGGGCAAGGCCAAGCGUCCACAUCCGCAACCCAUUGGUGUGCCUCUACUGCCAUACAUUAACACUGAGCGUCCUAGUCCCAUCCCGGAGGAACUGGAUGUCAAUGUUGAGAUGGACACUGUGGUCACAACCCCCGGUCGUCCUGGCACCACCCCAGAUGCAGCACCAGUAGUAUCUGAGCAUGAUUUCCCUGUUGAUCAGUGGAUCAAACCUAUGGAUGACCGCCUCUUGCCUCCAGCGCAAUUCAUGGACAUGCUGGACGAUAUCCGGUACUCGCCCAUCUAUCUGGCUCGCACUGAACGACCCCCCUCUCCUGCUACAACUCCCAUACCCCUUCAGUCCCACCAGCAUCGUCCUUUAACUACUUUGGAGAUGGACGCCAUGUUGGCUCAACUUCAGAUCAAUAUGGAUCAGCUCCGCACACGCGAUGACAUGAUUCAUGACGACCUGUCCAAUCGCAUUGACCGGCUGCACGCUAAUUAUACACAGCAAUUGAACACCCAGAAGGGACUGGUGGAUCACUUGGCUGUUCAGAUGGGCGGCAUUGCCCAGUACUUGAGGGACAACCAAAGGAACACUGCAGCAACCGCCUCCAUUCCACCAGCAUUCAAUCCACCACCCAUUGUCAUUCCUGGUACUCCCAUAUUCCCUGGGUUUGGCUCUAUCAGUGCCUUGGGUCGAGCCAUCACGAACAAUGUCUUUACUCCGGAUGUAUUUUCAACUAAUGCACGCCCCAGUGGUGAUGGCUCACCAGUCACAAGGCACGAGCAGGCACACACAUCCGCCUCUACCUCCACCUCCACCAUUAACCCUAUCCCUACCAUGGUGGUAUCUGCUCCACUGAUUCAUCUGGUUGGUCUACUUCCAGUACCACCUCUCCCAGUUGGUGCACCUCCGGUACCACCUCUCACUGUCCCGAUGGAAUCUAUGCCUUCCACUAGCACCCUUCGCACAUUGGUCACCGGGCCAUCAAAUGCGCCAGAGGAUGGUCAGUCCAUCUCAGCUCCUUUGCCAAACCGGUCAUUUGCACCUCAAUCACGCCAAGGUCGGUCAGUGAGUGCUAGGCAUGCUAAGAACGCUUCCGGUAAUGCGCCCAAGUAA